CCAGACCUGAGUGCAGGGUUACCGCGCCCAUCUCUGCUGUUUGAUGGCCGGAGGAAGAAGCGACUGAGAUCCUGGCGUGAAGGAAGAAAAAAGAGGGACGACGACGGUGGGAAAGACAAGAAGGGAUUUUUGCUUUGAGUUGGAAUUUGCGUUGAAACGGAAGAACGCCUAAACGGGACUCUGACACGUCUAUCUGGGUGAACACCGCCUUGUCUCUGCGCCUCUGUGCCGGUGUGUCUCCCCCCUCGGCGGGUCAAAAACUGGGUUCGGGGAGUGCCGCUCCUCGGUAGCUAAACUAGCUAAAUCUGAGCGCCUGGGCGGAGAGAGGAGAGACAAGAUUUAGCUGUUUCCAGUCAAUGUGAUAUAAACAACGGAUACCCUCGACUGAAAGCGGAUAACUUUUUUCUGUCAAUCACAGAUUGGUAACACCAUAGCAGAGACAGCUCUGUAACUGCUGCCUCAGAUCAGCAAGAGUCUAGGCGGCGGAGCGAAGCACACCAUUAGCAGAGGAAAAUGAGUGAACUGGAUCAGCUACGCCAGGAGGCUGAGCAGCUCAAGAACCAGAUCAGAGAUGCCAGGAAAGCGUGUGCGGAUGCUACCCUGUCUCAGAUCACAGCUAACAUCGACCCUGUUGGCCGAAUUCAGAUGCGUACUAGACGGACACUGAGGGGGCAUCUGGCUAAAAUCUAUGCCAUGCACUGGGGCACUGACUCGAGGCUUUUGGUCAGUGCCUCCCAGGACGGCAAACUCAUUAUUUGGGACAGCUACACCACGAACAAGGUCCAUGCUAUCCCGUUGCGCUCCUCCUGGGUGAUGACGUGCGCCUAUGCCCCUUCUGGGAACUAUGUUGCCUGUGGAGGUCUGGACAACAUCUGCUCCAUCUACAACCUGAAGACCCGCGAGGGAAAUGUGCGUGUCAGCCGUGAGCUGGCCGGACACACAGGUUACCUGUCCUGCUGUCGCUUCCUGGAUGACAACCAGAUUGUUACCAGCUCUGGAGACACCACCUGUGCUCUGUGGGACAUUGAGACUGGUCAGCAGACAACUACAUUUGCUGGUCACACCGGUGAUGUCAUGAGUCUCUCUCUGGCGCCCGACACCAGGCUGUUUGUCUCUGGAGCCUGCGAUGCCUCGGCCAAGCUCUGGGACAUCAGAGAAGGAAUGUGCCGACAGACCUUCACUGGCCACGAGUCGGACAUCAACGCUAUCUGCUUCUUCCCCAAUGGCAACGCCUUUGCCACGGGCUCAGACGACGCUACCUGCCGGCUGUUUGACCUGCGUGCUGACCAGGAGCUGAUGGUUUACUCACAUGACAACAUCAUCUGCGGCAUCACCUCCGUGGCAUUCUCCAAGAGUGGUCGCUUACUGCUGGCUGGCUAUGAUGAUUUCAAUUGCAACGUCUGGGACACUUUGAAGGCCGACCGUGCAGGUGUCUUGGCUGGUCAUGAUAACCGGGUGAGCUGCUUGGGUGUGACCGACGACGGCAUGGCAGUGGCAACAGGGUCCUGGGACAGCUUCCUCAAGAUCUGGAACUAGAGUCUGAAGAUGGCAUCUGGACUCCAAAGUUGAGUGGAAGACCAUUCCAACAUCACAAUGUUCAAUUUUAUUGCAUAUCCAAUCUUUUCAAAAACACCAUGAUACUGACUCCAAACACCCCAAAAAACUAUCAAGGGCAAAAAUUCUCUCUCUCUCUCCUUCUCAUUUAAAAGAGCACAAUUGUCUGUCACUCAUUCAGCUACAAAAAAAAAACAAAAAAAGGAAAAAAAAAGCUUGAGGAAUUUAGUGGUUUCAAAAUGGAACGGAGGGGAAAAUUGUGCAUUCCUCCCAUGACCAUGGUCUGGUAUUGUAGUAAGUGAAAAUGCAAACACCCCACCGCCGCUGCUGCCGCCACCAAGCAAACAUGUCCUGCGUCCUCAUUAUACACAGGUCUGAGUGAAGGUUAUUACAUGACAGUGAUCUAACUCUUAAUAGCUUUUUGGCCAUGUUUAUUUUUGUUUCUUUGUUGUUUUCAUUAUUUUUAUUUUUGUUUUGUUAAAGAGAAGUAGAUCAGUGAACUGUCAGUUAAUGUUUAAAAUGAGGAUCAAAGCUUUGUUUUAUUUCCUAGUCUUUACACAUUUUAGAAAAUGUUUUUAAGUUGGAAACUAAAAGAACCUCCAGAUCACGUCAUUUGAAAUCCAGCUUUAUCCCACUGGAGAAUAAAGCGAGAGAAUUGAGCUUCAACAGGGAGUCCUCAAGCCACUUCUGGUCCUUCUGUAUAUUUAGUCCCAUGAUACUUUUACUGUUUCUUUUUUUCCAGUGUAGUCCACAAAUCUUUGUUUGCACAAAAAUUAAACUUUGCAUAUAUAGAAUAAUGUCUAAAGAUAAAAAAAAGUUAAACUAACCAAGCACAUGCUGUUUAUGAUAAUGAAUGCUCGUUUUUAAAACGAAAAACAACAAAAAAAAAAACAAACCAUUUUAACCAUUCUUACACCUUUUUGUCUGGCGACAGUGUAGAAUAAUUAAAUGAAGAUUAACCCAUCGGAUCAUAAUCCACCCCUCCCCCCUUUUUUAUUCUUUUUUUUUCUCCUUUAAUAUAAUUUUGUUUUCCCUGGUUUCUGUUGCCCGUGGUUGGGACCGGUGAUGUGAUUUGGUUGGGUAGGGAGUACCUCCACUUUAGCCCGGUUACAAUCCGGACGUUUCUCUUUUAACAGAGGUGCCCAUUCCGUGCUUGGAAAUGCAGUUACUACUCUGUGAAUGACAUGUUGUAUAAAUCAAUGUUUGAAAAUAAUGAUAUUGAAACUUUUUAAGUUAAAAACGAAAAAAAAAAAGAUUUUGGUUGUCUGCCAUGGGUGGGUUAUCUCUUAGAAUCGCAUGCUGUAGAAUUGCUUAAAAAGGUGCAUAUGGAAUUAAGUCCUUUGAUGUUUUUCUUUAAGAAAAUAACCUGUUGAAUAUAUCAAUACAAUGGUAUUUAUAUUUUUUCUUUUUCUUUCUUUCUUUUUUUCUUUUUUUUUCUUUUUGUUUUUGGCUACUCCGUGCAUACAUGAUUCAACUCUAAUGUCAAAGCUAUGCACUUGAGAAGCAAACCCUGCAACAUAAACGGUUACUUGGUCCAUACUUGGGAGGGAUUCCACAAAUUAAGAAGUAACGUAAAUGUUUAAAUUGUACACACAUGCAUACGUACAUUCAUUCACCUAAACAUACACAAUCUCAAAUGGAACAAAUAAAUUUUCAUUCCUUCUGUAGCAAACAAAAUUCCACUUACAAAGAAAAACAUUUUAUAACAGGUUUUUUUCUGUCCUUUAAUAAAAAAUGAAAAAAAAAAAUCUUGCAGCAUCUGAAUGGCAGAAUUUUCUGUUGUUCCCUUCUCCUUGUAAACAGAGACGCUCUUUCUUUAGCAGUAGUGACAUUUUUUCCAUUCUGUUUUUUCUCUGCGACAUUCUGUACAAAAAAUGUGCUGUAAUUGUGCGUUAGGCCUGGAGUUGGCAAAAAAUAAAAUGAAAUAAAAAAUAUUAAAAAUUAAUUAAAUUCCCUUUCCUUUUCUCUCUUUCUCCAUCAAAUAACUGUAGAGCUCUGCACCCCCACUGUUCCCUUUUCACCUUUUGUAUUUAAUUUUAAAGUCAGUCAGUGUACAACCGAAAGCUGGAUGCAAGAUAGAAACUAUAUUAAAAUGUACUGUUAUUUAAGAUGUAAUAAAAAGCAGUUUGAGAUGACCUACUGUGUUGAGUGUGAUUCACUUAGAGCGGUUUCCACUGAUGCUAGAAUGUUGCAGACUGUUUGGUUUCCUUGUAAUUAUGUUCAAGUCAAAUAAACAAUUUCUUAUCCACUGUUGAA